AAGGAAAACAAGCCAUAGCUUCCGGCGGCCAUUAUUCUAAUCUAAUCUAAUUAUUAUUAUUAUUAUGUCAGAGACGAACGAGUAGUCAUUCUCUGGCGCUGCCAGUGUCGAGUUUCGCUAAAGAGAAACAAAAUUCAAUGUAGUCCCUUAACAGUUUCCACUGAGGAAUUUUCUGGUGAUGUGGCAGGUCUGAGGCAGUACCGCCCUCUGACAGGCAACGAGCAUGUUCCUAGGAAUGUUAAGGGCCUUGAAGUUUCAGGUGAAUCAAAUGCUUUGAGUUCAGACGUCACCUGAAAAUAUGGCAGACCGGAAGAGACCUAUCGACUUUUCGAAAAAAUGCAUAGAUUCAAUGUUUUCAACCUCGUCAUAGCAAAGUUGGAAGAGAGCUUAUGGCUGGACUAUAGCAUGGGGUGGAGAUUUUUAAAAAGAUAGCUAAAAACACUAUCUGUAAUCCAACAAAAAAUGAGGUCAUAACUCAAGGCUGUGUACAAAUAUGGCAGACCUUGGUCAUAACUCCGUUGUGUUCUAAGAUGACAGGAGCAUAUGGCUUCACUGUGUUUUGAGAUGAAUAGGAGCAACAAUGCCAAGGUUAAGCUGUGCUCCAAGAUUCAUCACGUUCCAGCGGCCAUGAUGUGUGUUUUUCUCUACAUCUUGCAGGCAUCUGUUCUAGACUACUACCUUAUUAAUUUCAUCAAUAUCUUGUAUAUCUACUUCCUGGUGGCAGAUCUCUUCGUCCUUCAUACUCUGGUAGUCAGCAUCAUCUUCGGACGCACCAAGAUGGUUCGGCAGAGGUCUGCGGAGCUGGCACAGACUCGAAUGAUGGUCAGCUUGUCUUGGGUCUCCUGGCUACUCAUUAAUAUUAACACAAGUGCCAAGAUCAUAAUCAUUAUCGAAUACAACGCCUGGCCUGUAGAGAAAGACCCUUCCUUUUUUGGGCCCAACGUCUUCAAAACCGCCAUCGCUCUAAGUAGCUGCAUCUUUCUCUUUCUGUUGGCCACACAGCACGACGCUCCCCUGGGAAGUGACAGGCGGACCUACAUCUCAGAUCUAACGGACACUGUCGUCUUCGAUAUUUUAGACACCGUGGACAUCCUGGAGGUUUUUUUCGACAAAGAGGACCGAGCACGGCUUUGGAAAGGGCUGGAUAAGAUUAUUCUGGCGGAAGCGACCUUGAACCUUAUUUUGCCAGCUGUUCCUCUUAUCACUCUCAGUCGAACCCACUUCGGGCUGGACAAACCAAAAAGGCCGAUGAUGCAUUUUCAUCAAUUUCUGGUGGUGCUGGUGGUCAACCUCCCCAAUCUUCUGACCAGGAUGCUUCUCUGGCAUGGUAUGAGCUUGGACAUCUCUCCAUUCACGCUCAAGAACAUCAUACUGAUCGGCAUAGCCAUGUACGAGUUUUAUGAGCACAAGAAGGAAAAACUGGAGGAUUCAAGGCUGAUCUCUCUAGAGAUUGGAGAUAGGAACUAUCAGCAGAAGAAUGUUAAGAGACGGAAUCUAGGCUCCCUACCAGACCAGACCACAAAGCCACGUUCUAAAGUGCCAGAAAUUAGCAUAGAGCUGGAAGAGCCUAAAAUAUAUACACAAGUUCCAAGAGUGAGUUUGGUUUAAGACUUCAUACGAAUUAUAACGCAUUCUCCUUAACAUUAUAAAACUAGGUAGUCGAAGUUGUUGUGGCUAUUGAAUUUAAUUAUUUUUGAGUAUUUAGUUUUUAUAAAUCAUAAAUGUUUUUUUUUUUGUUUUUUUUUGUGAUUCGUUUUCUCAUCAAAUUUAAUAGUUCUAUUCACAUGAGCUGCCCGAUCUGGCCAUGUUUAACGGCGCUAUUGUUUCAAUUUUCCCCGAUUUUUUUGUUGUUCCUGCCAAUAUUUGAGAUUUUUACGAUAAAAUUAGAAGGAUGCUUAAUUGAACUUCUAGGAGAAAAUGCUUGAAGUUUCGUAUUCAUUAUCGAAUAUUACAUCGGAAGUGACGUAACGUAUAAAGCAGAGGACCGAGCACGGCUUUGGAAAGUCCCAUAUGCUAGGACAAAUUUGUACAAAUACUCCUUCUUCCCUAGUGCUAUUAGAGCAUGGAAUGGGUUGCCUGAGCUAGCCAGGAAAACCAGUGACUUGGCAGAACUUAGGUCAUUAGUUAAAUAUGCAUGACUAGAUGCAUGACGCGUAGGUCGUAAUCAUCUUCUUUUUUGAAGUAACGUCUGUAUUAUAUAAGAUAAGAUAAAAAUCUUCCACGUCGUUGGUUUUCAUGGCUGAAUUCGGCAAUCCAUUCAAUGCUCUAGAUUUAGGGGGGGGGGGGCGGUGUGGCUGAGUUGUUAAAUGCAUGGCUUCCGAACCUGCACUCCUGGGUUUGAGAACUUCAAAUCUCGGUGAAGACUGGGAUAUUUUGUGUUCCGAGUCUACCCAACUCUAAUUGAUACCUAACCUUAUUGGGGGUGAGGUGGUUGGUCGUUGUGCUGGCCACAAAACACCCUGCUCGUUAACCGUUGGCCAAAGAAACAGAUGACCACAACAUCAUCUGACCUACAGAUCGCAAGGUCUGAAAGGGGAAACUUUUAGUGGCACUAGAUAGGUUUUCCUUCUGCUUGCAAAGUUUGUUUAAUUAGUUAUUAAACCAGCGCUGAUUUAUUUUGUCUGUUUCAAUCGUGUUUUAAAGAUGACGCUAAAUACAAAUGU